AUGAUUCUGCAGAGGACGGAGGAUGCCCCUCGGCCUGCAAUACGCAGUUGUCAUCACCUGCGGCACCGGCCUCUGCUGUCAACGGAGGAGAGGCUGGAAGAGGCGACUCACUACCUUGAGAAGAAUCCAGCCGAUGUGCAGGGAUCAUUGUGGCGGGCGAAGUUAUUGAUGCGCUUGGGGGACCACCAGGCUGCUCAGGUGGGCCUCUCCGUUAUUCUUGACACACUGCGUGGGAAAAGUGAUGCGUCCCAGCUUGUGAGUGCCUUUUUUCUUCGAGGCGUUUGCCGUGUGAAACUGUCAUGCAUUGACAAGGCCAUCGCCGACUUCACCGCGGCUCUUGACAUUGACCCUUCCCAUAGUCGCUCUACGUAUGAGCGAGCCGCGUGCCAUAACCGGAAAGGGAAUUACACCGCUGCCAUAUUAGACUACGAGAGGGCACUGCAGUGUGACGCAGGCUGUAGCAAUUGGUUUUUAACGUGGCAUCGGAAUGCCCGAAGUCGAUUUGCACAGGCGCGUCUUCAUCAUCAAACUUCUGCACCCCCUUCGGGGGUAGCUAAACCUCUUAGACUGAAGUCAUCUUUGACUCCAAAUAUGGACAGUGUCCGCCAAAAUGGUGACGAUGGAAUACGACUGCCCCCGGCCCCACCGCUUGACACGUGUAUGAAAACGCCAAGUCUCAUGGCAGAGACUUCAAGACUGAGUCACGAUGCUGGGGUUCCCAUCGGUAGCCCUGAGCGACCGCAGGUGAUGCCGACGACGUCGUCGUCGUCGUCCUUGUUACCAAACAGUGAGGAGGCAGAGCUACACCACCACCGUGGGCUGGAGUACCGCAAAGAAGGUGAUUUUGUGCGUGCCAUUGAGGAAUACUCUGCGGCACUUCGACUUGACGCCAAAAAUUUUAAAGCCGUGUUUAAUAGAGGAUUUUGCAACGAUAAGAUUGGGGACUACAACGCGGCAAUCCAUGACUACAAGGCUGCCAUGCAGUUGGAACCAGGGUACGCCUACACCUAUUACAAUCUUGGCAUCUCGUAUGAUCGUCAGGGUGGUCACCAUACGGAAGCCAUUGCUAUGUUCGACAAGGCCAUUUCCUUGGAUGACAGCAACGCUGACUUUUAUCAUAACCGGGGAUUUAGUCAACGUAAGCUGGGUAACUAUCGUGAGGCUAUAAAGGAUUACACCACGGCGUUAUCUAUUGAUCCAAAGCACUUCAAAGCCUACUACAACCGAGCCUUUUGCUAUGAUAAGUUGGGCGAGGGUAGGAACGCCAUUGCGGACUACACAAAGGCCAUCUCUAUUCAAGAGGAUAACCCCAACGCUUACCAUAACAGGGGAGCCACACUGGAGAAGGUGGGUCGGCUUGAUGACGCAGUGGCAGACUACACACGGGCUCUUCAGCUGGAUAAUGUAAAUUCCUUCACAUACAACGCUCGCGGUAUGGCCUACGACCGACUAGGCAAGAGUGAGGCGGCAUUGCGGGAUUUGACGAACGCCAUUGUACUCUCGCCUAAGAAUGCCAUAUUUUACCAAAACCGGGCUUCCGUUUUUCAGAAUAUGGAACGUUUUGCAGAGGCUGUGCGUGACUACAACACCUCCUUAGCACUAACUGACGAGGCUGGGGAGGUCACCGGUGGACCUUCUGGUGAACCCAAGGCUACACUAGAGGUGAAUAUGAUGCUUGCCAAACAAUACAUCAAUCGUGGCUUUUGUUCUGCACGUGAAGGUGAUUAUGAGGCGGCUAUUGGUGAUUUCUCAAGGGUCAUUGCCACGAACUCUGAUAACUGUAUAGCGUUGUAUAACCGUGGUGUUUGCUAUGAUAAGGUGGGAAAUCACAAUCUUGCGGUGGAAGAUUUUUCCCGUUUGAUUAAGUUGGACGCGGAGAACGCAGACGCACACUUUAGCCGUGCUAUGGCGUUGGAAGGUAUGGAAGAGUAUGCCAUGGCGCUGGACGACUACGCUGUCGCAUUCAAGCUGGACGUGGAUCGCAGUGGUCUGGUGAAAGAGCGCGCCUUGGCACAAUUUAAGUCUGAACAUCGGGCCAUGGUGGCUUCCCAGCGAGUCCUGCGCCUUCUCAGAGGGGAAAAAAAGGCCCUGUGA